AUGAUUCUCAGUGGACUGGAAGUUGUGAGCCGCCAAAUAGUGCAUAACAUACGGCACAUUGGCCAGCAGCAACAGCCUUGCGGGAUCGACCUCACUUUACGACGGAUUUCCAAAUGGACCUCGGCGGCUUACAUUGACUUCGAUAAUACAAAGCGUAAGGCGGCGAAAACCUCCAGCGUCGCAUUAGACAUUACAAGCCAAGCAAUCACACUCCAACCAGGCGCUUACUUGAUCGACUUCAACGAAACUGUUCAAAUUCCGCUAAACUGCAUGGCUAGCAUCUUUCCUAGGUCAUCUUUGUGGCGGUCUGGGGUUGGUAUUGCCGCAGGGGUCGUCGAUGCGGGAUAUGAGGGUGCUAUGGGGGCUUUGAUGGAGGUGAAAAAUCCCCAUGGGGUUGUUCUCUGCCAAAAUGCCAAGCUCGCGCAGCUUGUAAUCGAGGAAUUGAAUACAACAGUUGAUGGGUACAGUGGUAUCUAUCAGUCUUCGACAAGUAGCAGUGGGCUCGAUGGCAAGAAACAGCCUGAAGUAUGA